AUGGCCUUUACGGCAAGCAUCUUUCAGCUUAACCCUAAUUUGGUACGUGACGUUUUUAUCCUUUACGCUUUCACUUUUUACUACUUUCUUUAUUCCUACCAGUAA